AUGUCCAUGGCUGAUUCAGAGUAUCCUGACGAUGUUCAAUUUGCCGGUUUGGUUCAAGCAGCCACUGCGGCAGCUGACGCACAGACUAGACCUCCCUCGUCGCUCGGAAAACGAAAGCGCGAUGAUGGGAUCACCGAAAAUGUUUCUGCGUUGAACGAGGUCAUCCCAAAUGAUGCUCCCGAUCCUAUUACCCACGAGCCCACUACGCCUCAGCUCCACAGUUCGGCCUCCAUUCUCUUCCGAGAACCAUCUUCAAAGAGCAGCAAAUACAGCAGACCCCCGCUGGGCAAUGUCUUCGCAUCUUUGGAGCUGGCUCCGGAGAAUUUCCUCCGACUGCAGGCUGCUGCCAAAGCCUACAUGCUUGAUGAAGCCCAUCCUGAGCGUAGAGAAGUUGUGGGACACAGAAAAAAUCCUGGCGUAACGAACGUGGCAAAGUUGAAUUUGUGGAACUGUGUUGAAGAAUUUCUCUCGGGACAGGGUAACGGGGAGAAAUACUUUGCCCCGGGGGCAGGAGAAGAUAUCCCAGGUUCACCCCCGAGAACCAUGUUUUGGCCACAGGACAGUCAAAUGAUCAUCAAACGGGUGAUGCCUCUGAUGAGGAAGAUGGUUACAAACGAGCGUCAGCGAAUCUAUGCGGCGACGACAAGGAAACAAGGCACUCCUCAGGUUGGGGUCGAUGGGCAGGCAACAGCCGCAACAGAGAGACCGGUCGAUACUCAGGACCACAGUGCUGAAACGACACCACCCGAUCUCGAAAACGAAGGCGACGUUCGUUCGCCAGCACAGCAAGGUUUUACGCAAUCCACCGGUGAAUCAAAGUCGACAACGACGUUCAAGCAAUCAAUUGUGCUUUAUGUCAAUGUGGUGUCAAACAUCGGAGGUGCUCGCAGACGGAUAAUUCCACGAUUCACCCUCACGCCCGAUUCCGCUCCGAAUCUGUCGACUUUGAUUGCUGAGGUGGAGAAAAGGUACAAACGGCCGUCCAAUGAGGAAACUUCCGGGAAGGAAAACCUUCCAGCCGUCAAAGUAUGGCUAACGGAUGGACUUGUGACGGUGGUUGAAGACGGUGAAUGGAUGGUUUCGCUGUUGAGUGCUGGUGUGGUUGAUUGGAUGGACGGUGAGGUCAGGGUAUUGGUCGAAGUAUGA